CUGUAGGUGGCAGUGUUGCGUCUUGGUGCGUCUGGUCUACCGGAAAUAGAGAAGCCGAAGAAGAAGAAGAAGAAGGGCGAGAAGCAACCAUUGCGCACCGUGAAAGGACACAAAGCCGCGAACAGCACCGUCUGGUAACAGCUGGGUGUGUGCAUGCAUACUUUAUAUAAAGCACAAGGCAGUGUUGCUUUUUAAUGUUUUUAAAAGUAGCGGGUUUGCAUUGAAAAGCUUCAGUUCCCAGAUAGUAGCGUUAGCAGGAAAACUUGCUAGCUAGCGUUAGCAGAGUAAAUAGCUAGCUGAAACAGCUGGCACGUUUAUCGCCAUUUUGCGCAUUCAACAGCUCAAGACUCUUCCCAGGAGCAAGGUUGUGUGUGGCUUAUCAUGGCAGAGGCAGACCGACCAGGGAAGCUCUUCAUCGGGGGACUGAACACCGAGACCACCGAGAAGGCCCUGGAGCAGUAUUUCAGCAAAUAUGGCAGGAUUGUCGAAGUUAUUUUGAUGAAAGAUCGUGAAACAAACAAAUCAAGAGGCUUUGCCUUUGUUACUUUUGAAAGUCCGGCUGAUGCAAAGGACGCAGCACGUGAGAUGAAUGGAAAGUCUCUUGAUGGCAAGCCUAUCAAAGUGGAGCAAGCAACAAAGCCUCAGUUUGAGAGUGCUGGCAGAAGAGGACCUCCGCCAAUGCACUCUCGCAGUCGUGGUCCACCCAGAGGCCCCCGUGGUUCCAGGGGAGGUCCUGGUGGUAUGAGGGGCCCACCAUCCAGAGACUACUACGAUAAUUCAGGCAGCGAAGAACCCUUCUUCAAAGGGAUGUCAUCCAGGGGUCCCCCUCCCAUGAAGAGAGGACCUCCAGUUCGUAACGGAGGUCCCCCAGCCAAGAGGUCCGCCCCAUCUGGUCCCAUGAGCAGAACACCCUUGUCAAGGGACAGGGAUCCCUAUGGUCCACCUCCUCCUCGCAGAGACUCCAUGAUGUCCAGGAGGGAUGAUUAUCCAUCACCAAGGGAUGACCAUUACAGCUCCAAAGAUAGCUACACCAGUCGUGAUUAUAAUUCCAGAGAUUCAAGGGACUAUGGACCUCCUCAAAGAGAUUAUUCAUACAGAGAAUACUCCAAUUCCAGUACCCGAGAUGAUUAUGGCUCAAUGUCAAGAGGAUACAGUGACCGUGAUGGGUAUGGUGGAGGCCGGGAAGCCAGAAGCUAUGUGGACCGUUCAAGUGGUGGCUCCUACAGAGAUUCAUAUGAUGGUUACGGUAACUCUCGCAGCGCCCCACCUUCACGGGGCCCCCCACCAACCUAUAGUGGGAGCAGUGGAAGCAGUCGUUACGAUGACUAUGGCAGCAGUUCCCGGGAUGGCUAUGGCAGUCGUGACAGUUACCCCAGCAGUCGGAGUGAGGCUUAUCCACCUAGCCGUGGUGAGCGAAUGGGCAGGCAGGAGAGGGGCCCAGCUCCCCCUGUCGAGAGAGGCUACCCUCCUCGUGAUUCGUACAGCAGCUCAAGUCGAGGAGGGCCACGCGGCGGGCGCGGUGGCAACCGACCUGAUAGAGGGAUGGCUCGCAGCAGAUACUGAACUGGACUUGGAAAACACAUUAAAGCAAACUCUAGUCACCGUGCACAGUUAACAAGUGUUGUGGAAGAAAUCUGACAACCAGACAAACUAGCCAUUGUCUAAAAUCUGUGGAAUAUGAAGCUUAGCCUGUAUCCUGACUUUUCCCGUUUUUUAUGUGUAAAAGUAUAUACAUUUUUUUUUUUUUUUUUUUUUAGUGUUGCUCUUGGUCGUGUAACAGUACAGUUACCAAGUGAGUGUUAGUUUUUGUACAUUCAGUGCUGUUGGAAAUCUGCAAUGCCCUUUCAGUCUGGCUUUCCUACUCUAAUAAAGCUUUUAGUUGUACCUUGA